AAGAUGGCGACCUUUUCUCAGUCAACUGUGGCUAAAGGCUCUGAUUCAUUUACAGACUUUUGUUGUUCGCCAUGUUUAGAACAAAACAUUGACCAGUGGGCAGCAUUCUACUGCAAUAACUGUCUUAAAUUGUAUUGUGCAAAAUGUAUAAACCUGCAUGGUCAGUUGUUUGGGAAACAUGUGACAUAUGGAAGGGGAGACACAAGUAAGUGGCCAGUGUUAAAGGAAGUGGAGGAUUUCUUUCAGAAAUGUUACCUUCAUGAAGACAAACGUCUAGAAAUGUUCUGCAAUGACCACAGUCAGCUGUGCUGCACUAACUGUGCUUUCCUCAAUCACAGACAAUGUGCUAAAGUAACCCUGAUAUCCGAGUCAGUCAAAGGACCUCCACCAGACUUACAGAAAGUAUCAAAAAAGAUUCAAACUAUUCUGGAGACUCUGAAGAAACUGGAGAACGAUUGGAACACCAACAUGCAAUCUUUGCAGGUCUCAUACAACAAACAAUUAGAUAAAAUACGUCAAACACGCCAGAAAAUAAAUGCAAUUUUAGACAAGAUUGAAAAGAACACAAUUAAAGAACUAGAUGAUAUGAUGGCUAAUCUGAAAGCUUCUUUCAAGACUGAUUCGGACAAUUGCAGCAAGCUUAAAAAUGAAUUGAAACAACUCAGUGACGCCAUUCAUGAUAUUGUUGAUAAGGGCAAAGCAGAACUUGCAUUUAUUGCAAGUAAGAAAUGUCUGGAAAAAAUUAGGCAGUCUGAAACUUAUCUGAAGGAGAAUGCAGUUCAGGCAGAAAGGUUAGUGACAUUCCAGGCUGACAUGGAUAUUGAACAGUUUGUCUUUACACUGUCAGGCCUGGGGAGGAUUGUGCUCAGUUACCCAGAUCAGGUAUUCACUGUGCAAGGAAAGUCGGAGUAUAAUGUGAGAAUACCAAGUGAUUCAUGUAACUGUUAUAUCACUGCCAUCUGUGUUCUCUCCAGUGAUCAGAUCCUUGUAGCAGAUAAUGGUAAUAAAUGUGUUAAGCUACUAGAUCAGCAAUACAAGGUGGUGGCACACUGUGAUUUAAAUGCUUUACCAAGUGACAUGUGUCAAAUCACAUCAAGUGAAGUAGCUGUUACUGUGAAUAAGGACAAGACACAUGAGGUUCAGUUUGUGUCAGUAAAUGGUGGACGGCUGGUUAAGGGCAGAAAGCUACAGUUUCAACAUGAAUGCUGUGGUAUUGCUCAUGAUCAGAAGGACCUGUAUCUCACUGAUGGCACUGCACUUUACAAGUAUUCUAUGAGAGGAGACUUAAUGAAAAAACUGUAUGAGGAUACAUCAGGCUAUAGUACAGUAUGGAAGUGUGCAGUGAAUCAAACAGGUGACAAGAUAUUUGUCACCAACUAUGACUAUCACAAGGUCCUCACCCUUGCUAGAGAUGGUACAAUACUCUGUACCUUCACAGACCCAGACCUAGACUCGCCAGAUGGUUUACAUGUAACAGCUCAGGGACAGGUGCUGGUGUGUGGAGCGGUAUCCAACACUAUCCUACAGCUUAAUGGGGAAGGCAGGAAGAAGCUGGCAACUCUCGCUACCAAGAGGGAUGGACUUCGUUACCCACGAUAUUGUCGUCUGCGCAACUACAACGUGCUGUACAUCUGCGGUACAGACGAGUACGGGACCGCUACGGAGACCAAGGCCAUAGCGGAGGGUCUCACCCCGCAGCAGAUAUGUGAAAAGUACUCAGCCCUCCAUCGCGACAUCUACAAAUGGUUCAAUAUUGACUUUGACUACUUCGGCAGAACUACUACGGAGCAGCAGAAAGUGAUAGCACAGGACAUAUUCUGGCACCUCCACAAGAAUGGCUAUGUACUGACCAACAGUGUGGAGCAACUGCACUGUGAGAACUGUGAUAGGUUCCUUGCAGACAGGUUCGCGGAGGGCACAUGUCCCAUGUGUAAGUACGAUGACGCCCGUGGAGACCAGUGUGACGCCUGUGGAAAGCUUAUCAACGCUGUGGAACUCAUCAACCCAAAAUGUAAACUGUGUGGCAACAGGCCAAAGGUCCGGUCCAGUGAGCAUCUUUUCCUGGAUCUUCCCAAGGCAGAGCCGAAGCUCCAAGUCCACCUGGACAGUGUGUUCCAGACUGGAUUGUGGACGAACAAUGCGAAGGUGAUCACCAAGUCCUGGAUACGAGACGGGCUCAAACCUCGGUGCAUCAGUCGUGACCUCAAGUGGGGAAUACCGGUGCCUCUAGAGGGCUUCACAGACAAGGUGUUUUACGUUUGGUUUGACGCCCCCAUCGGCUACAUCUCAAUCACUGCCAACUACACCGAGCACUGGGCACACUGGUGGAAGAACCCAGAACACGUCCAACUGUACAACUUUCUUGGGAAAGACAACGUCCCGUUCCACAGCGUGAUUUUCCCUGCUUCACUGCUGGGAGCUGACGAUCACUACACUGUGGUGGGGCACAUGUCUGCUACAGAGUACUUGAAUUAUGAGGACGGCAAGUUCUCCAAGAGUCGAGGCACGGGUGUGUUUGGUGAUCAGGCACGUGACACUGGCAUCCCAGCAGACAUCUACAGGUUCUACCUGCUCUAUGUGAGGCCAGAAACUCAGGACAGCAGUUUCAGCUGGGAUGAUCUAUUUUUAAAGAACAACAGCGAGCUUUUAAAUAACCUUGGCAACUUCAUAAACAGAGCUCUGAUGUUUGUGAGCAAUAGUUUUGGUGGCAGUAUACAACAGAUGGACCACUCAGCUGACGAUUUCAAUCUGAUUGCUCUGGUGACGAGAGAGCCGCGUUCAUACAUUGACAAUAUGGAAAACGCAAGAAUUCGGGACUCCAUCCGGAACAUUCUCAGCAUAUCUCGACUUGGGAACGAGUUCAUGCAGGAAAACAAGCCAUGGUCUCGUGCUGGUACAUUAGUGAGCCUGGCAGCCAAUCUGGCGUGCCUGCUGUCUGUGUUGCUGCAUCCGUUCAUGCCAGAGGUCAGCGCAACCAUCCAGCGCCAGUUGAACGCCCCUCAAUCUUGCAAUGUGGUCUAUGAGGAUUUUGUGUGUCACCUGGACCCCGGGCACAAGAUUGAGCAGCCAUCACCGCUGUUCCAGAAAAUAGAAGCAAGCACAAUUGCAGAGUUAAAGAAACGCUUUGCGGGCCAGGGACCUGCUGCUCCCAGCAAACCCAAGCCUAAGAAAGGAGGGGAACCUUCACAGAACUCCCAGACAGCAACCAGUCCUGUGGAGGUAGAGAGGUUACAAGGGGAGGUAACAAGUCAGGCAAAUAAGGUUCGAGACUUGAAAGCAAAGAAGGCAGAGAAUGGUGUUAUAGACGCCGAAGUGAAGAUCCUCCUGGAUCUGAAGAAACAGCUUGCUGAUGCACAAGUACCCUCUGCUGUCACAGAAACCGGGGGAGGUAAAAAGAAGGGUGAGAAGGGAGAUCAGCCAGGGGUGAAACAGGAGGUGAAAGUAACAGCCAACAACGUGACUUCCAGUCCUGCAGAAGUUGAGAGACUAAAUAAGCUUGUUACUGAGCAGGGUAACAAAGUUAGAGAAUUGAAAACCGCAAAGGCAGGGAAAGUGCUGGUUGACACAGAAGUGUCCAAACUUCUUGACCUCAAACGUCGGCUUGCACUUGCCCAAGGAGAGAACCCUGAUGCCUCACCAGCAGGAGGGAAACAGAAGGGCAAGAAAAAGUAAUAACAACUUCAGAGGAGGCAAUUGGAAAAGCCUUAAACAAUGGCUAUUUGAAUGAACUAUUUGAAAAUAUUUGCCUAUAUAAUGGUGUUAUAUACUAUACAACACUUGUUUUUAUGCCCCCGGUAGGGUGGCAUAUAGCAGUUGAACUGUCCGUCAGCAUGUCAGUCAGUCUGUUCGUCCGUCCGAAAAAAACUUUAACAUUGGCCUUAACUUUUUCACUAUUGAAGUUAGCAACUUGAUAUUUGGCAUGCAUGUGAAUCUCAUGGAGCUGAACAUUUUGAGUGGUGAAAGGUGAAGGUGAAGGUGAAGGUCAUCCUUUAAGGUCAAAUGUGAAAUAUAUGGCGUCUGUCCGUCUCAAAAUUUUAACAUUGGCCAUAACUUUUUCAAUAUUGAAGAAAGCAAAUUGAUAUUUGGCAUGCAUGUGUAUCUCAUAAAGCUUAACAUUUUGAGUGGUGGAAGUUCAAGGUCAAGGUCAUCCUUCAAGUUCAAAGGUUA